CCCUCACGCUGCGUGAUGGCGUCAGCGCGUCGCAGCCGGGCUAUAAAAGCUGGGCGUGGCGGCGCCGCCUCCUUUCCGCGGCGUGCGCUGGCUGGCGGCAUGGUGCUGCAAAAGGAUAGAAAAUCUAAGAAGGCCACCUGGAAGUUUUGCCUUGACUUGACUCAUCCUGUUGAAGAUGGAAUCUUUGAUUCUGGGAAUUUUGAACAGUUCCUAAAGGAGAAGGUUAAGGUCAAUGGAAAAACUGGAAACUUGGGCAACACCGUUCACAUUGAACGUCUGAAGAACAAGAUCACAGUGACAUCUGAGAAGCAGUUCUCUAAAAGGUACCUGAAAUACCUCACAAAGAAGUACCUGAAGAAGAACAACCUGCGUGACUGGCUCCGUGUUGUUGCAUCUGACAAGGAGACCUACGAGCUACGCUACUUCCAAAUCAGUCAAGAUGAAGAAGGGUCAGAGUCUGAGGAGUAACUGAAGUGUAGCUUUAUGCUCAACACAGUGUACAAAGGACUAGAACAUCUAUUUAUAAGAACACUUAACUUAUUGGAGAAUAAAGACUUUGUACCCUGUUUGACAGAGCAUGGUUAGUUUUCUAGCCUUCUUCUUAAAUUCUCAUUGAAAACCAGCAUGGGGCAUCAGUUGAUUGGCAGCUUUCCUUCUGCUGUUAGAAAUCAGAGCUGUACAAUGUGGCAUCUAAGCAGGAAAGAACUGACUCCUUCACCCAGUACAAAUGUGGUUACAUCAGUUUAAAUGAUAUGGGUACAAAUGAGCUUUUUAUAAUUAAAAGUACUAUCUCCUCCUGAUAUGUGUGGAGCUAAUGAUACAGUAUUUAAUACAAGUUGAAUUGUUUUAGUUAGCAGCCAGGGUUAAAAACUCCAAAAAGUAUUUGUGUGUCAUCUGAAUCAUGAAUUUGCUGCAGUCUUGUGGGUAUAAAUGCAAGUCAGACUGGAGUAUAGCAAGUAAAGGUUCAUAUUAGGAAGAGGAGAUUAAUCUCAUUGCCAGCAUCUAGUUAAAACAACUUGAAGGAAGCUGUGACGUGUUAAUGUUGUCAGUGGCUGAAUUCCAUUAAAUCCAUCAUGUUUAUACUUUUA